UCUUCUCAAUCUAAUCCAUUUCAUUCAUCUGUACUCUCACACUGAUCAUCUAUCUCUUCCGCCGAGUGAAAUUCCCAAAUCAACCAUGGCUCCAGGUCCAGUUAUUGACGCCGCUACCACCGAACCCGAACUUGAACAACAAAUUCCCGCCGUCGAUGAAACCCUCAAGAAGAAACCCCAACCCGAGGAGGACGAAGCUCCAAUUGUUGAGGACGUGAAGGAAGAUGACAAAGAUGAUGCUGACGAGGAUGAAGACGAGGAUGACGAUGAGGACGAAGAUGAUAAGGAAGACGGCGCUUUAGGUGGUACUGAGGGUUCAAAGCAAAGCAGAAGUGAGAAGAAGAGCCGAAAAGCAAUGCUGAAGCUUGGACUGAAACCCGUCACCGGCGUCAGUAGGGUCACAAUCAAGAGAACCAAAAAUAUUCUUUUUUUCAUCUCAAAGCCUGAUGUAUUCAAGAGUCCAAAUUCUGAGACCUACAUCAUAUUUGGGGAAGCAAAAAUAGAGGACUUGAGCUCUCAGUUGCAGACACAAGCUGCCCAGCAGUUCAGGAUGCCAGAUAUGGGAUCUGUAAUGGCCAAACAGGACCAAGGUGCAAUUGCUGGUGUAGCACAGCCUGAGGAGGAAGAAGAGGAGGUUGAUGAAACCGGUGUGGAGCCCCACGACAUUGAUUUGGUCAUGACACAAGCAGGAGUGUCCAAGAGCAAGGCUGUCAAGGCUCUCAAGACUCACAAUGGAGACAUUGUUGGUGCCAUCAUGGAGCUCACUACUUAAUUGGUUUUUGAGUUUAAUUGGGUUGUGUUCUCUUUGUAUUUUUUUUUUAUGUGGAAUAAUUUUUGAACUAGUAUCUUUUAAUAUUGUAGCCAAGACCAUAUCACCUUAUUAAAGCGUCUAUAUGUUUAGGUGUACCAUUUGCCUGAUAAUUUUGUUAUGUUAAGAUCAAAAGGGGUGACGUUAAGAUCA